AUGCGUUCGUUUUUUACUUUUGCUAUGCUCUUCUUGAUCCUUGCAUGCCUUCAAGUAAAUUCAGAAGGUGCUCGUGUUAAGAGGCAACAGCAACAACAACAGCAAACGCAACCGCAACCGCAACCUCAAACACAACCGGAACAACCCGUACUUACUUUAAAUUUAUUUUAUGAUGGUGAACCUGGUGGACUUGGUGGAUUAGCUGGUGGUCAAGGACAAGGUGGACAAGGACAAGGCGGACAGGGACAACAAGGUGGUCAGGGACAACAAGGCGGUCAGGGAGGACUUGGUGGGCUCGGAGGUUUGGGAUCAGGAUUUGGCCGUUAA